AUGCGACAGGGCGACUCCAGGAGAAAUCUGACGUCCUCCGAGGCGACGUCACCGUUUGAUGACGCAGUGUCUGACGUCAGCGACAGGUCAACGGGCAGCUCCGUCCUCAUGCGCAUGCGCGAUGCGUACGGCAUGUCACGUGGCCCGCUAGAUUACUACGACAAAGUGUGCGAAGUAUUUGUAACAACAGCUAUAGCGACGGUGUUGUUGUUUGUCACCCUGGCGCUUCCCACGGCGAUGUUUCUCAUCGGUAUCCAGAAUCUCCACAGCUGCCCGAUCGAGCCGAAGAUCCCGGUGUACCUGGCGGUAGGGGGCGCUUUUGGCAUGCUGAAGACCCUGAUGAUGCUGUGGCAGAGCUACGAGGCUCGCAAGAACGAGUCGGACGACUACGUCGGCAUGAACGACAGCUUCGCCUCGCGCGAGUCCAACGCCGGCGUGCGCUGCUUCGACGCGUUCGUGGGACUCUUCCUCUUCGUGUGGUUCUUGCUGGGAAACUACUGGGUGUUCAAGGUGUACAUGCCGCCUUUCGAGCGCCCCCGUCUGACGCCGAGCCAGUACUGCAGCCCGACGGUGUACCUGCUCGCGUUCGGCGCCAUCUGUGUAGGAUACUCCCUGAUGGCGCUGAUCGGGCUCCUCUUGCUGUGCAUCGUGCUUCUCAGUCGGGGCGUGGAAGAAGAAGAAGAAGACAACCCAGACGACAUCAGAACGCUAUCCCCAUAGGAACUCAGACAUGUACAAACAAGAUACGCGAUAUAUGAUUAUGUCGUUCCGCAAAGAAGU